GGCCCAGAGUGGGCGUGGCUUACGUGUCCGCCGGCUUUCCUGGCCGGCCUGGCAGGGGGGCCAGGUUGCCAUGACGACCGCGGCUAGGUCGCUGCAGACUCGAGCCAUGGGCAGCAGGAAGAAGGAAAUUGCCCUGCAGGUCAACAUCAGCACCCAAGAGCUUUGGGAGGAAAUGCUCAGUUCCAAAGGACUAACUGUUGUUGAUGUCUAUCAAGGCUGGUGUGGCCCCUGCAAACCUGUGGUGAGCCUCUUCCAGAAGAUGAGGAUCGAGGUCGGCCUGGACCUUCUGCACUUUGCAUUAGCAGAGGCAGAUCGUCUUGAUGUCCUCGAAAAGUACCGAGGGAAGUGCGAGCCAACCUUUCUGUUUUAUGCAGGAGGAGAACUGGUGGCUGUGGUUAGAGGAGCAAAUGCCCCACUGCUGCAGAAAACCAUCCUAGACCAGCUGGAGGCCGAAAAGAAAGUGCUGGCUGAAGGCAGAGAACGGAAAGUGAUUAAAGAUGAGGCUCUUUCUGAUGAAGACGAAUGUGUUUCCCAUGGAAAGAACAAUGGUGAAGAUGAGGACGUGGUUUCAUCAGACAGGACCUGUACCUUGGCCAUCAUUAAACCAGAUGCAGUGGCCCACGGAAAGACCGAUGAGAUUAUCAUGAAGAUUCAGGAAGCUGGGUUUGAAAUUCUAACAAAUGAAGACAGAACCAUGACAGAGGCAGAAAUGCGACUUUUCUACCAACACAGAGCUGGAGAGGAGGCAUUUGAGAAGCUGGUACAUCACAUGUGCAGUGGACCAAGCCACCUCCUGAUCCUUACCAGGACUGAGGGCUUCGAAGACGUGGUCACUAGCUGGCGAACCGUCAUGGGCCCCUGUGACCCCAAUGUGGCCAGGAGGGAGCAGCCUGAAAGUCUCCGAGCUCAGUAUGGCACAGAAAUGCCCUUUAAUGCCGUCCACGGAAGCCAGGACAGAGAAGAUGCUGACAGAGAACUGGCAUUGCUCUUCCCCAGUUUGAAAUUUUCAGACAAAGAUACAGAAGCCCCUCAGGGCGGUGAGGCUGAAGCAACAGAGGGGCCCACUGAGGCGCUUUGCUUUCCCGAGGAUGUGGAUUGAGAUGGCUGUGCUGCUCUUCCGGAGCACGUGACCAGGGGUCUACUGCACAAAACGGACCUCCAGAAUCGGAACUUACUCUUUUGAGUACCAAUACUUUUUCGUUUAGCUGUCUUUUGUAGACAAUGGAAAUAAUACGGCUGGGCGUAGUGGCUCACGCCUGUAAUUCCAGCACUUUGGGAGGCCGAGGCAGGUGGGUCACUUAAGGUCAGGAGUUCGAGACCAGCCUGCCCUACAUGGUGAAACCCUGUCCCUACUAAAAAUACAAAAAAUUAGCCAGGCGUGGUGGCGUGCGCCUGUAAUCCCAGCUACUUGGGUGGCUUAGGCAUGAGAAUCGCUUGAACCGGGGAGGUGAAGGUUGAAGUGAGCCGAGAUCAUGCCACUGCACUCCAGCCUGGGUGACAGAGUGAGACUCUGUCUUAAUUAAAAAAAAAAAAAAAAAAAAAAAAAGUAAAGAAAGAGAAUAGUAUAUACUUUUCUGCCUUAUUAAACAGUAUGUAGAACACAGUUUUGUUUUGUUUUUUUUCUAUCUUUGGGAUUUUACAAAAUAAUUGAACAUCAGUUAUUACAUCCUGUUGUGAGAUAUAGUGUCAUCUCAGAGGAUACUGGGUUAUAUGAGAUGGUGUUUCCCCAACAAUAAAUCUACCUUAUGAAUUAAACAAUUUUA